AAGAGAAUGAAGAAAACAAAAACAGAACAGCGAGUAAGAGAGAGAAAGAUUGAAGAAGAAGAAGAAGAAGAAGAAGAUGGGUAUGUGCUUUGGUUGCUUCGGUGGAGGUGAAAAGCGUAAAGAAGAAGAAAGAUUAGCCUCCGAAGAAGCGCGUGCCAAAGCUGCCGAAGCCGCACAAAAAAGGCAAGAGCAAUUUGAGAAAUCUGCAGCAGGACGAGCUGCACGUGCACAUCAACAAGGAAUGGCAAAACAAGCUGCAAACUCAAAUAAAGGCGAACCAACCCUAAAGUGGCAGAUGGGUUGAGGUUAGGCAAUACAUUUGUCUGUUGUAUCACAUGUAAGUAUUGAUGAUAGGUUCAGUCACAGAUUCUAUACACCACGUGUUUUCCUUGUCCCGAAGAUCAGUUAAAGGACUUGAAUGCAAUUGUUUCAUAUGUAAAAUUUGUUGUAUACUUGACAUGAAAUGUUUUGUUUGAUUGUAAAGAAUAAUGUGGUGAAAGAAAAUGGGUAUAAGUUGUGAAGGUAGUUUGACAUCA